AUGAGGGAUAUCUUGAGAGAAGCCCCUUUGGGUCAACUCAUUCGAUUGGUCACUCGCAAUACAGUCCUGCUCUAUCCUGAGGAGUUUCCUGAUUUCAAAUUCCCAGCAACAUACAAUGCUGUUCUCAACUUGCCGGAAAAAGAGCGCGAACCCGUUGCUACCACGAAACCCACCAAUGAACAAACACCACCAUCGAACCCAGCAAGUAGCGAAAGUACAUUUGCACCUCCGGAGACUCUUGAACGUGAGGAGGAAAACAUCGAGCAACAACACCUACGCGAUCAUGAUCUAGAAGGUUUGCAUCUUAGCCGGACGAGGAGUCGACUAGAAACUACCCCCUACUCUGAAGAACGAUUGGAAAUCGAAGUGGAGCUUGCCCUUGAACGGACGCAGACGAGGCCAAUUGUCCCACAAAGGACAGCCGACGGCAACGUCCUCGUGGAUUGGUAUACCACUGAUGAUCCAGCAAACCCUCAGAACUGGUCCAACGGGAAACGAUUUAUUGUCUCUUCGACCAUUUGCUUGUACACCUUCGUCGUCUACACUGGCUCCGCGAUCUACACCUCGAGUGCGCAGGGCGUGAUGGAAAGGUUCAAUGUUGGACCAACAGCCGCAUCGCUCCCGCUUUCCCUCUAUGUCCUAGCCUACGGUAUUGGGCCCCUGCUCUGGGCUCCUUUAUCGGAGAUUUCAGUCAUCGGGAGAUCUCCAGUCUACGCCGUAACAAUGGCGCUAUUUACUAUCCUUUCCCUUCCCACCGCGCUUGUUGAUAACUUCGCUGGCCUUCUGGUUCUGCGGUUCCUCCAAGGGUUCUUCGGGAGUCCUUGCCUGGCAAUCGGGCCAGCCACGAUGCAAGAUAUGUACUCUCUUCUCUACCUACCAUAUGCACUUACUGCUUGGGUCUCGGCGGCAUACUGUGGGCCGGCUCUUGGUCCCCUCCUCUCUGGAUUCGCAGUGACCGCCAAGGGAUGGCGCUGGUCACUAUGGGAAAUCCUCUGGGCAGCCGGACCCAUCUUCCUCGUGAUGUUCAUGCUGCUUCCUGAAACCUCUACCCCUAACAUCCUCCUGCGCCGCGCCAAUCGGCUUCGAAAAUUAACAGGCGACAAGCGACUCUUGGCGCAGUCUGAGAUUGACCAGAAAAACCUCCGGCCUUCAGCUAUCCUCCUGGAUGCCAUUAUCAAGCCGAUGGAGAUUACCAUUAAGGACCCAGCAAUCGCAUUCGUGAACCUGUAUAUGGCUCUGGUUUACGGUAUUUACUACAGUUUCUUCGAGGUGUUUCCUCUAGUUUAUCCCGUCUACUAUGGGUUCUCGCUUGGCAUGAUUGGUGUCGUCUUCACCUGCGUACUCGUUGCCUGCCUAAUUGGCAUUGCUAUCUACUGCCUGUACCUUCAGUUCAUACUCAUCCCCGAUAUCAUUGCGCACGGUCUGCGCGCGCAGGAGUCCCGCCUGGUGCCUGCUCUCUUCGCCUGCUUUGGCCCUACAAUCGGGCUCUUCAUCUUCGGUUGGACCGCUCGCGCCAGCAUCCACUGGAUCGUGCCAACCAUCGGCAUCACUGUCUACGCUGCCAGCGUCUUCAUCAUCAUGCAGUGUAUCUUUGUCUACGUUCCUCUCUCGUACCCUCAAUACGCUGCGUCUUUGUUCGCUGCGAAUGACUUCUUGAGGAGCGCCCUGGCUUGUGGAAGUAUCUUGUUCGCGAGACCACUGUUCAUCAAUCUUGGUGUAGCUAAGGGUGUCAGUGUCUUAGGUGGCUUAAGUGUGAUUGGGAUUUUUGGCAUGUUUGGCCUCUGGACCUUCGGCGCGAAGUUGAGAGCGAGAUCAAAGUUUGCUAUUGUGUGA